GCGUGCGUGGCUUGUCCCGCCCUGCCAUCCGUAGCAAACACAUACACACACACACACCGCUCAGCUUUUCCUUCGUGUUUUGUGUAUGUGUCUGUGUGCGUGUGUGUGAGCUCAGCUCGCAAUAUUCAUCUGCUGAGGGUACAGAGGGAGGGACGCACAGAAAGCUCGGCUGGCGACACAAACCAAUCAGAGCGACACAUUAGCGAAGACAUCGAUCGGGAUUUAUUUAUCUGACGGAAACCGCCAUCAGUCUGUCAAACAAUAACCUUCAGAAACCCCAGAGAAACAUUAAGCGCCGACGACAUGGCUGAUUUUAGUAUUGAUCAGAACAACCUGCCUGGCGUAAAAGAGGUGUGCCGGGACUUUGCCGUGCUCGAAGACCACUGUCUGGCCCACAACCUUCAGGAACAGGAAAUCGAGAGCCACCUGGCAUCCAACGUCCACAAGAGCCGUCUGGUGCAGCAGGACCUACAGGUGGCCAAACGUCUACAGGAGGAAGAGGACCUGCGGGCCAAAGCCGAGAGCCAGAGACAACACCGCCGCAUGGAACGCAUCGACAAUGAAAUGGCUCAGGAGAUUCAAGAACAACUGGUCCGGCAGGCCGAACAACAGAGGCAGCAAGAGGAGAAAGAUGAGGCCAUCGCCCGCAAGCUGCAGGAGCGGGAGAUGAAAGAGGAGAGAAAACGCCAAAAGCAGAUGGAAACUACUAACUUUGAUGAGUACUACGACGACAAAGCUCCCCGAUUUCCACCGGACCUGCGAGAUGCGAACCCACGCUCCGCUUCUCCAGGUUACAAAAAAGGGAAGAAUCAUGACUAUGAUCAGAUGCUUUCCCCGUACAACUCUCCUGAGCCUGACAGAAAAAGAUAUCCUAAUAGUCGUAGUCGAUAUCCAGAAUAUGAGCCUGCGGAGUUGGGCCGAUCUAGGCAUCCGGAGAGUCCAAGCAAGGGAAGGGUCCUAGAGUACUACUCACCUGAGCGACGACCAAAAGAGAGAAACAAACCUCUCGAUCUCGAUCACACAGAACCACGUAGAAGGAAGAAGCAAGAUCAAUGGGACGACCUGGAGCCAGUGGUGCGGCGUAAGGAGAAGCCUCCAAGGGAUUACUCUGCCGGACGGGACAAGGUCUGGGACAAGGACAGGAUCAGGGAUCGAGAGCGUGAAAGGGAUGGACGGAGACCCAAAGAAAGGUCGAGAGAUCGAAACCGGACAAGAAGUCAAGAUAGACUGUUUAGUGGAGAAGCCAAGCAGGUGGACAGGGACAGGAACUUGGACCGGGAGAUGGACCAAAAUGGGUACAGACAUGGUAGCAGAGACAGGCAAAGAGAACGGGGCAGAGAUGGGAACAGAGGGAGGCACAAAAGCAGGGAUAGAAGCAGAGAGCGAGAACUGGACGAUUACGGUCUCGCCCCAACUAGAGGAUGGUCAGAGGAAAGCCUGGAGUGGGAGGAUCACAAGAACAGGCUGAGGCUCCCGUCAGGUCCUAAUGAGGUUUUUGAGGAGCCGGUUCUCAGAGGUUCCUCAAAUGAGGCCCGGUCCCCUGGUCAUUCUCCCAGAGAGAGAGGUCGGAAGGCACGAGGAGAAUAUGGCAUGAAGGAGGCAACGCACGGACUGGCCAACUUAGACCUACAAGACCAGGAGCUCAUAGACUUGGAGGUGGCACGCAAGCUACAGGAAGAAGAACUUAAGGCGAGUCAAUUUGACAGACGAGCUGCUCAAGUUGCACAAGAUGAGGAAUUAGCACGACGGCUAAUGGAGGAAGAGAAAAGGGAGUACAAGAGAUCGAGAGACAAGGAGAAACAAGUGAUUGAGAGAAGACGACCUGAGGUGGAAUAUAAGCAAAUGCAAGAAGAAGUAGUACGACCCCGAACGCGAGAAGAGCCACACACCAGAGAGGACGAGUACCUAAGAGCACGCAACCACAAACCUGCCAGGCCUCCUCCUCCCACACAGCACUACGAGAACAUAAACCAGACCUACAUGUAUGCGGACAGCCCGUACUCCCCUCGUCCUCCGUCAAGACCAGAGGCGUACAAAGGUGCCCCCUACAGACCGUGACCAUAAGCCACUGCUGUCCAAUCAUGAGUCCGUCUGGCCCUUUAUUUUGCGAAUCAACGGAGUAAGCGAUUCAGAAAUACUUUGAGGCUUUCGGCAGAAGCUACUGACACUUUAUUUUAUUUUUCCCUCUUCGAGUUUCUCAGUUCAUCUCAUCAGAUGAGCCAACGUCGUCUCUUCUUGUCAUGAAGGAGUCUUUUAACCUGGAGCUACGAACUACUGGGCGACAGGGGCGGUUCCUGUUUGCUUCUCAUGUUUUUUGUCUUAUUGUGGAUGACUGGACAGGAAGGGAUCUACUGCACAGCUCUUUCAAAUAUCCCUUUUCUCUCGCCAUCUAUAAUGAAGCUUUGUCUUGAUUCCAUGUUGCAGCUGUUUUCCAUUUUGUCAGUUUUUAUUUAACGGAAAACAUGCUUGAAUUCAUAUACAGCACUGUUUUGUGCUAUAUAUUUAUUGAUUUAUUUUGAGAGGAUAUAUUUUAUUUUAUUCGUAUUUUGAUUGUUUUACCCUUUCCCCGUUCGAUCUGAAGAGACUGUUAGCGUGAACCAGGAGCGAUCUGGUUUCCACAUCUCAAUGUCUUAAGAAACAGGUUCAGUCUUCAAACCAAUCAGAUAUCAAGGUGAGGUUGUCAGUGCUUCUUCAUUUUGCCUUCAUAUCAUUCGUGAGAGACUUUUUACUCACACUGCAGGUUGUUAGGGUGAUGUUUUCCCCUUUCACCUGCAGUGUUCGUAGCGAUUCUCUCAUCUUCUUCGUAGGUGCUAUUGGACCUACUAAUAAUAAUAUGCUCCAGUGUUCAAGUGCAUGCUGGCUGAAUGUGAACUCUAUGGGGUCUAUAUGAAUCUUGUCAAAAUAAUGGCCGCAGACACAUCUCUACUCUUCAUUUUUUUAUUUUUAUAUAUUUUUAUGUUUAUUUAUAAUUCAGUACAAAUGCAGAAUAGGAGUUUUAAGGCAUGUAGUAGCAUUGCUGUUGGCACCGAUAUAAACAGUCUUCGUGCUUGCAUCAUCAUAUGCAAUUCAUGCUAAUAUAUCAGUGUUUGGAUUCGCAGUGCUUUGCAUUUGGUGGCAAACUUACUUUGAGCAGGGACAUAAAAUCUGACCAGCAAACAGAUCAAGGCAGCAAACAAGUGACUAUGGCGUUCAUCUGGCACUUUCUAUGAACAGAGUACAAAAUUGGGCCUCAAACUCUUGGGGGGGUUAUGUAAAAAUGUUAUUUUUGUUUUGUUUUGUUUUGUUUUUUUUUUCCAUCAAAGGGUGAUUGAAAAUCAGUGGAUAACCUUCAAACCUUUUUUUUAGAACAUGUUUAAACAACAUUUAAAAACUGAAUUUGUACAACUUUUAUGUUUUGUUUUCCAGCAAAGUGGAAAAUGUCAAUAAUCCUCAGAAAAGUUAUUUUCCUUGUUUUGUUAUUUUGCUUUGUUUUUUGUUAUUCAUUGCUUUUUGCUUUGCUUUACUUUUUGUUUUGAACUUUCUUCUUUGAACUUGUCUAUCAAAAUUUAAAAACUUCAUUAUUAUUUAUUUAUUUUUAUUUAUUUAUUUUUUUUUGGCGAAGACCCAGUCAAAAUAAGCGGAUAACCUUCAGAAAAGUUUUGUUGUUGUUUCUUGCUUUUUUUAAAUUCAUUGCUUUUCUUUGCCUUUUUUCUUGCUUUGAACUUUUAGAACUUUUCUAAAUCAAAAUUUAAAAACCUAAUUUGUCUUUUUUUUUUUUUUUUUUUUUUUUUUUUUGCUUUUUGUUACUCAUUGCUUUUUUUUGGCUUUGAACUUUCUUCUUUGAACAUGUCUGAAUCAAAAUUUACAAACUUACAUUGUCAGAUUUGUAUUUUGUUUUGUUUUCCAGCAAUGCAUCUGUAAAAAAAAAACAAAACAAAAAAAAAACAAAAAAAAAUUGUUUUCUUUAUUUUUCUUUUCACUUUGCUUUUUUUUAAACAUUGCUUUUCUUUGCUUUUUAUGUAUUUCCUUUUUUGUUUUGUUUUUUGAACUUUUAGAACUUGUCUGAAUUUGUCAACUUAAACUUGUCUGAACUUGUUCAGACUUGUUCAAAUCGGUUUUAUUAUUACUUAUUUAUUUUUCAGUGACCUUCAGAAAAGUUUUUCUCUUUUGUUUGUUUUUCUGCACCUUUUUUUGUUGUUGUUUUUUGGUAUUCAUUGCUUUUUCCUUUUAACUUUCAGAACUAGUCUGAAUCAAAAAUUUAAAACCUACAUUUUCCAGCAUUUAUUUAUUCUGCAACUGUUUAUUUCUUACAUACCACAUAAAAUAAACUGAUCACAAAUUUUACAAAUGUCCAAACUAAAAAUACAAAAACAACAAAAAAACAUUUUUUUUUCCAUUGCAUUUCUUUGCUUUUUAUUUUGUUUUAUUUUUGCAUGGCUCUGCUCUGCUUUUUGUUUAUUUUUUUUGUUUGUGUAUGUUUUUGUUUUAUUUUGCAGUUUAAGCAAAUCUGUCGCCAUAAUGUAGGACUUCAAUGCAACACAAUUUUUUUUGGCAAUUAGGAAGAAAAAAAAAAAAAAAACAUUGCAUGGUUUGCCUAAAUUAAUCUAUACUUCAUUUGGUGCUCACUAGUUUGGGACCAAAUACCAAUUACUUUUUUAGUAAUUAAAAUAGAUUUAACAGUAUUAUGACACUUUUGUGUGAUAUCAUUCUAAAUAAUACGUUUUUAAUACUAGCUAUGUAUAAAACAAAAUUAUCUAGCAUGUCUAAUAGUUUCCUCUAUUAGGGACAUUGGGACAUUUAUUGAACUUAAAAAAAGGCCAAUUUUGUACCCUAUUUAUGGAAAGUGCCAUAUGCACAUCACUCUAUCAGGGCAUUUUUAUUUCCUUACUGAUCAGUCGUCAAUUACAUUCCAUAUUCCUGUCAAAAUGCUUUACAUUCCACUCUGCUUUUGGGAAUGGGAAUAUGAUUGUGCGGGCUACAUGUAGCAUCCUGUACAGAUACAACUAAAGACAGCAGCUACUUUUGUAUCGCAUUAGUGCCUCUAUAAGACCAGUGUUCGUUCGCUAGUGCUGAACGCUCCCAUCCUACGCUCUCGAGAAUGACAAUAUGCUAGUUUGUGUCGGUGCAUUCCAAUGAAAGGCAUGGCCUGAAAUGCGUCCAAUAAACUUUUAGGGGAAAAUAUCUUCUGUUGCCAUGCUGCUACGCUUAAAAGGUGAUUUGAGAACAUUUUCUUGUGGAAUUGUAUUACUGAAUCAGUUUCGAAUCACUGUGUGUGUGUUUUAGUGAUGAAUGUGCAUAUAUAUCUCUCUUUCAGUGCUGUGUCAAUCUAGCGCAUAUCACGGUGCACUGUAGUAUUUGAAAAGAAAAAUGUACGUUACAAUUCUGAUACUAAUUGGCUGGAUGGGUUUUGUGCCAAAUGUCAUUCAACAUUCAGGGAUUUAAAAAAAAAAAGUAUUGCUGUAAAACUGUCAAUAUCUGAUGGUCAUAUGAUCUGGGGGAAAAACAGCUGGUUUACAAAUGAUUUGCUUAAGGCUGUAAUAAACAAACUGAACAUUUAGCACCUGAUAUGCCGUUGUAAAUGUGUGUAUGUGUGUGACAGAGCGACAGACUUGAGCAUUUUUCACUCAACGUACGAAGAUGACGUCCAUGCCAGUUUGUUUUACAAUCAGCUGCUGCUGGAAACGUUUUGUGACCGGCAAAAGUGUUUGUAUCUUGCACAUUCUCAUAGCUUCCACUGGCCAACUGUAAAUACCAAAUAAAUGACUUUUAAAGGG